GAUGCCAAAAAAUGCACGUUUGUUGCUGACUGGGGCGCCUCUCGGAGACAUUUCCUCUUCUCUCUCUUCGCUCACUCUUCGCUCACUUUCCCCCCUCCACGUUGCGCGUCCAUUGGCCACUGUCUCGUAUCGCCAACAUCGGUCCAUCGGGUAGCUUAGCUUUCGUUUGCACGAUAAGCGUCCCGCAUAUUCGGUACGAGAAAACGCCGUCUAGCGGAUGUUCCAACCUCAACCUCACGAGACAGACCGCAUUCGUCGAUUUUCCACGAGUUCGUUCGCCAACCUUGAAGGUUGAGCCCCAUCGUACGUUUUUUCACUUGACUCAGUGAUCUUGAUCUCACACCCACCCACAUAACCUCACCUUGACAUCACCAGAUGUGCAUGGUGAGCUAACGCCAAUGCUUCACGAGGCUGUUCCGGCGAGAAAUGUCUCUGUCGAGACGACGAACCCGUAUGAGCCCUACGGCAAGGCUUAGUGAGCUGUUCGUUCACUUUCCGUCGUAGCCGUACCCGCAAUCACAAGCAAAUCCACGGCCAUGACCAAAGUGGGGGAACGAGAGGGUAUAGACCAGAGAAGAAGGGGGCAAAACGAAAACUCACAGAAAUAUUGUAAAGGCACACCUCGGGAGCCCCAGGCGUCCCGGUCCCGCAACAGUCCUCAAUCAAGAUGCAAUCCCACCCGGCAUUAUACGCAUCCGUCAGCGUGCCGAGGACGCACUGGUCGGUGUUGACCCCGGCGAAGAGCAGUGUUCGUAUCCCUCCUGCUCCCCUUCCCUCACCGGUCCCGGAGGCAGCCUCCUCACCAUCUUCAUCACCCUUCCGAGUCCGCUCUAGAUACUUCCGAAGCGGCUGCUCCGGGCUCCACAUCCCCGACAUCCUAUUCUUGUCGCACCGCACAUCCUCCUCCGGGCGGAGGCUGCUCCGCUUCAGCGGCUCGUAAAUGUCGGCGUUCCACUCGCCCGCGACGAGGCAGCGGCCUCUGCCGCCGCCGAGAUCUGCACCGAGGCCGAGGCGGGCGACGGUGCCCUUGUCGUUGGUCGCCUCCUCGCCCAGGAUGAGCGAUCGCGAGAAGCCGCGUUGGACGCUGGCGGGCAUCCGCGCCAGGUCGUCGUCGGUCAGGCCCCAAUUUAGCCAAAUUACCUGCAAUAGCAAAAAAAAGUGAGCUACGAUACGUCGCUUGUUUAACCGCCACCACCCCGGCAAAAGUCCCCUUCCCCCAAUCCCCUUCCAGGCAUCUAACCCCCGCGUGCCCCUCAUCUCUGUAAUGUCUAGCGACUUCUGCUCCUAUUCCUCCGGUAAGACGGGCGGUAACGUCUGCCGGAUGCCCCGAACGUCCGAACAGGGCGGGGGAGAGUAGUACAGAAUGGGUUCAAGGCCGUACCUGAAUACCUAAUUCGCGGCAUUUCUCAACAACCCUCUUGGUCUGCUCCACCGCAGCCAGCCCGGCCGGGUGGUCUCGACAGCUGGGGUGCAAAAAAUAGUUUUGCAUAUCGACAAUCACGAGCGCCGUGCUGUGGGGGUUCACCGAAACCGACGUCCCCGCUGGUCCUUGGCUGGUGCCGACCUUCCAAGCCGGCGACCGGCCCCGGGUGAGAUCAUAGGUUCGCGACGGUCUAUCGUAGUGCCACUCGUCGCCCGGCGGGCCAAAGGUCAAGUCUGGGCGCAUGACAAAGGCGCGAAAAGGGUCCGAACUUUUUCCUCGGAUAUUCUAGUCCCGACGGCGGCGGGUAUAGCUCACUACUUGCCCCGAUUGCGGGUAAUGUGAUAUGGUCUGGAGCGAUUGGAUGGGUGUAAAAGUCACUGAGUGUGUGUAGAGGUUGAAGAAGAAAAGGUCGCAUUGCUCUCAUGCAGUACCAAGAAGUCGGUAGAUAAGAAAUCCCGCAGAGCGCGCACAAAGCAGCAAUGCACUGCAGCGCUUCUAUCGGAUGGAGGUGUCAACAGCCUGGUCUAUCUAUCAAUUCUUCGGGAAGAUGUGCGUCGGCGCGGCUAUCGUCCGACCCCGCGGCCAACAAGAGUUGCCCGGCCUACUGCAGGACGAGAAACAGACACAGUCUCACAUGCCAACAUCAUGAGGUUCUGACUGCAUCAGUAUGCAAGGCAGCAAAUUUCCAAAUAUCUAAUUAGCUUUCGGGAGCGCGUCUGGGCGUGAUGAGACGAUGAAACUUUGAAAGACUUCCCCAUGAAGGCGCAUCUCGAAAAGGGAGGUAUAGGACCGAGGCACGAUGCCCACUGCUACCUAAGGCGUCUGCCGCAUGCGACUCCCCGGUAAUUAAGGCGAAGUUCGAAUGGGGGUAAUUCGGGGCCGACCUCCAAAAUGUUUGGAGACUAGAUGGGAUGGGAAAGGGAGGGGAGGGGGUUCAAGUUUCCGUGGAGCUAAUAAAGGAUCUUGCGUCGGCCACAGUCGCGAUUCGUGGAGCGUCAUGGUCCUCAGCAAGCGACAAUACGACGGCAAGGGAAAGGCGAUGGUCGACCAUAAACCGUACAGAUGCGGAAACCCAACGAAGUCCCCUGGUUCGGAUACCACGUGAACGCAAAAGAAAAAAUCCCCGUGGCGCGUGUGUUGAGAUGGUUGCCCCUCCCGGCGUGCCUGGACCUGGCAAAGCGCGAGACGUGCCGCUUCGUUGUAUCCGUAGUGAGACUAUAUGAGAGAAAGCGUAGUUUGUCAGUGAGCUUGUCGCGGGGAAUGGUAUAUGUCGGGUACGGAUCGUCAUCGUGAUUGGAGCGGAAAGUCGCAAAGAGGAUGAAUCGGUCUUACAGCGACCGAACGAUUCCCACAACGCGGCAGCGCCCCACCCCUGCCAACAAGCUUCGACCCUGCGUGACGUUUCGACGUGGGGAACUGGGGUCAAACUAUUCGCCUUGGGCGACGAGGGGUGAUGAGGGGCUGGAUUCGAAUAAUUGUUGACCACAGGGCCGACGAAGCUGCUGGAUUGUUGGCCGGCCCAGAAAAAUAAAAACAAAAAAUCCACGAGUAGCUCCAAGGUAUAUAUCCAGCCGGGCGACUGUCCGGUCGUGUGUCGUUCUGUUCCAAGCCGCUCUACUCUUCCUCCUCUCUGUCCGCUUCGUCUGUUCUGUUCGUCCAUACGCUCGACUCAGGUUCUCGCCGUUGCUGUCGCUGUCAGUCGUCUCGUCAAUCUUGCACGCACGUUUCAUACCCCGCCGACAGAUCACAUUAUUACCUGGCAAGAGAGAUACUCUCCCGGACCAUUCUUCCAUCACGCUCCUCGCACACACACAGAGACAACCCAGCUUUCACAAUGUCCCCUUCAGCUGUUGAUCCUCCCGCCUCGGUCGGCUCCGUUAAGGUGUCCAAGGCCAACAUUGGUGUCUACACCAACCCCGCACAUGACCUGUGGAUCAACGAGGCCGAGCCCAAGUUGGAGGCCGUUCAGGCCGGCGAGGGACUGCAGCACGGCGAAGUCACGGUAGCCAUCAGAAGCACCGGCAUUUGCGGAUCCGACGUUCACUUCUGGAAGCACGGAUGCAUCGGACCCAUGAUUGUCGAUGGCGACCACAUUCUCGGCCACGAGUCCGCCGGUGAGAUUCUCGCCGUCCACCCCAGCGUCACCCACCUCAAGGUUGGUGACAGAGUCGCCGUCGAGCCGAAUGUCAUCUGCAACUCCUGCGAGCCUUGCUUGACCGGUCGCUACAACGGUUGCGAGAAGGUCCAGUUCCUGUCCACCCCGCCGGUACCUGGUCUGCUGCGACGAUACGUGAACCACCCUGCCGUCUGGUGCCACAAGAUCGGUAACAUGUCAUAUGAGAACGGUGCCAUGCUGGAGCCCCUGAGUGUCGCUCUUGCCGGUAUGCAGCGUGCCGGUGUGCGCCUUGGCGAUCCGGUCCUCGUCUGCGGUGCCGGCCCCAUUGGUCUCAUCACCCUUCUCUGCGCCAAGGCUGCCGGUGCCUGCCCGCUGGUUGUUACGGAUAUUGACGAUGGACGUCUGGCCUUCGCCAAGGAGCUGGUGCCCACAGCCAUCACCCACAAGGUCGGUCGUGGAACCGCCGAGGAGGAGGCCAAGCGCAUCGUUGAGUCCUUUGGAGGUGUUGAGCCGGCCGUCGUCAUGGAGUGCACUGGCGUGGAGAGCAGCAUUGCUUCGGCUGUUUGGGCCUGCAAGUUUGGUGGAAAGGUCUUUAUCAUUGGUGUUGGCCGCAACGAGAUCAGCUUCCCUUUCAUGCGCGCUAGCGUUCGCGAGGUCGACAUCCAGCUGCAGUACCGCUACUGCAACACCUGGCCCAGAGCCAUCCGUUUGGUGGAGAGCGGUGUUGUUGACCUCAGCAAGUUGGUGACACACAAGUUCAAGCUCGAGGAUGCCCUCGGCGCCUUCGAGGCGGCUAAGGACCCCAAGUCAGGCGCUAUUAAGGUCAUGAUCCAGAGCUUGGACUAAACCAAGCCUGAUGGUUAGACGACACGAUUGAUUUUUUUGGGCAUAAUAUGGCGGUGCUGGCGAUUUGGUGUCAUGGAUGGGUUUUUGACUAUACUUUAGAGAUAUGUUCCCAAUGAAUUCGUAUGACAAUAUGAAGCUUCCAUCAGAUUGACGAUGCUUGUUUGUAGGCAGAGAUGUGGACUGUUGGUGGUGGUUUUGGUGUUGGUGUUGAGAGCGAGGAGAUGGGGAUGACAGGACUUGAGCAUUGUAAGUCAGUGACAAACUGCUUCCAUACAAGGUAACUUGACAUCGACAUGGGGCAGAUGAGAAUGCAAGAGGUAUCCAUUCAUGGGAAGAACCCAUUCUGCCCCAGCACCUGCCAGUGAACCUUUUCUCACUUAAUGGAUCUUACCAGUGAACUGUGCCUGCCUGCACCUGUGAACCGCCCUGUCACGCCUGCCCGCACUGAAG